GACCGCAGGGAAGAACGUGCUGGGGGGGACGGGCGGGGCGCUUCUGUGGGCGAAGGGGGUGAGGAAGGGGUGGGUCGGGGCGGUUCUACGGCGGUUACACCCUCCCCUCUCUCGGCGGGUGCUCCAGGCUCUGCGUGGCUCGACUCGGCUCCGUUCUGCCCCAUGGACUCCCUGUGCGGUUCGGGGGAGCUCGGCUCCAAAUUCUGGGACUCCAACCUGUCGUUGUACACAGACAAGCCGGACCUCACUCCCUGCUUCCAGAACUCUCUGCUUGCUUGGGUCCCUUCCAUCUACCUCUGGAUCUCCCUGCCCUGUUACCUACUCUACCUCCGGCACCAAAACCAAGGCUAUAUCAUCCUUUCUGGCCUCUGUAGGCUCAAGACGGCAGUUGGCAUCCUGCUCUGGUGUGUGACAUGGGCCGACCUCUUCUAUUCCUUCUCCGGCCUGGUGAAGGGCUCCAUCCCAGCCCCCAUCUACUUUGUGACUCCCCUCAUCAUGGGGAUCACCAUGCUUCUGGCCACUCUGCUGAUCCAGUACGAACGGCUUCGGGGUGUUCGAUCCUCCGGCAUCUUGAUCAUCUUUUGGUUCUUGUCUUGUUUCUGUGCCAUCGUUCCUUUUCGCUCCAAGAUCCUCACUGCCUUGGCAGAGGGUGAAAUCAAAGACAAAUUCCGUUUCACCACUUUCUACAUAUAUUUUGCUCUCAUCCUCUUCUCACUCAUCCUUUCCUGCCUCAAGGACAGACCACCUUUUUUUACCCCUUCUGUCAGUGUGGACCCUAACCCUUGCCCAGAGGCCAAUGCUGGUUUCCUCUCUCGUCUGACCUUCUGGUGGUUCACUGAUUUGGCUAUCCUUGGGUACCGCCAGCCUCUGGAGGACAAGGACCUGUGGUCUCUGAAUGAGGAAAAUUCCUCAAGAAUUGUGGUGCCUCGACUACUCAAGGAAUGGGAAAAGCAGAGAAUUCAGGCCAAACAGUCCAAAAGUGUGGCAUUUACAAAGAGCACCAGUGAAAAGGUCUCCAAGGGGAGGGUUCUCAAGGAAGAGGCCGGGGAAGGUGAAAUUCUGCUCUCUGACCCUUCCAAGAAGAAAGAGCCAUCCUUUCUCCGGGCCCUGCUGAUCACUUUCGGACCCUACUUCCUCAUCAGCUCUUUCUACAAAUUAAUCCAAGAUUUACUGUCCUUUGUGAACCCCCAACUACUCAGCGUUCUGAUCAGGUUCAUUUCCAACCCCAAAGCCCCAGCCUGGUGGGGUUUCUUCAUAGCUGGGCUGAUGUUUGGAUGCUCAGUUCUACAGAUUCUCAUUCUGCACCAAAAUUUCCAGUAUGUCUUUGUGACCGGGAUGCGGGUUCGCACAGGAAUCAUUGGUGUCAUCUAUCGGAAGGCCCUGGUAAUCAGCAAUUCAGCCAAGCGCUCUUCCACCGUGGGGGAGAUUGCCAACCUGAUGUCUGUAGAUGCCCAGCGAUUCUCAGAUUUGGUGUCCUUCCUCAACAUGCUGUGGUCAGCCCCCCUGCAGAUCAUCCUGGCCAUCUACUUCCUGUGGCAAAAACUGGGUCCCUCUGUUCUGGCUGGAGUUGGUGUGAUGAUUUUAUUGGUCCCUCUGAAUGGGGUCAUUGCCAUGAAGACUCGGGCAUUGCAGGUGAAACAGAUGGGGUACAAGGACUCCCGAAUCAAGCUGAUGAAUGAGAUCCUGAGUGGAAUCAAGGUUCUGAAACUGUACGCUUGGGAGCCUAGCUUCUCUAAGAUGAUAGAGAAAAUCCGCCUGGGAGAGCUCCAAGUGCUGCGCCAGUCGGCAUUCCUCAAUGCAGUGUCUACCUUCACCUGGUUCAGUGCCCCCUUCCUGGUGUCCUUGACAACCUUUGCCGUCUACGUGCUGGUGGAUGAGAAGAACAUCCUGGAUGCAGAAAAGGCUUUUGUAUCCUUGUCACUUUUCAACAUCCUGAGGUUUCCUCUUAACAUGUUGCCCCAAGUCAUCAGCAACCUGGCUCAGACCAGUGUGUCUCUGAAACGGAUCCAGCAUUUCUUGAACCAUGAAGAACUCGAUACCCAGUGUGUGGACAAAAAGACCAUUUCUCCAGGCUAUGCUAUCACCAUAGAAAAUGGCAGCUUUACCUGGGCCCACAACCAGCCCCCAGCUCUGCACAGCCUGAGUCUCCAAGUGCCAAAAGGGGCCCUGGUGGCCGUCGUGGGGCCAGUGGGCUGUGGGAAGUCCUCCCUGAUAUCCGCCCUGCUUGGGGAGAUGGAUAAACUGGAGGGCAGAGUGGCUGUCAAGGGCUCCGUGGCCUACGUGCCGCAGCAGGCAUGGAUACAGAACGUCACACUCCAGGACAACAUCCUGUUCGGCAAGUCCAUGGACAGGAAGCGAUACCAAGACAUCCUUGAUGCCUGUGCCCUGCUCACCGACCUGGAUGUGCUGCCCGCAGGAGAUCAGACGGAGAUUGGGGAGAAGGGCAUUAACUUGUCUGGGGGUCAGCGGCAGCGAGUCAGCCUGGCUCGAGCCGUCUACAAUGAUGCUGACAUCUUCCUCCUGGACGAUCCGCUCUCUGCCGUGGACUCUCACGUGGCUAAGCACAUCUUCGAUCGUGUCAUCGGGCCAGACGGGAUGCUAGGAAGCAAGACAAGGGUCCUGGUGACACAUGGAGUGAGCUUCCUGUCCCAGGUAGACCUCAUCAUUGUGUUGGGUGACGGGCAAGUGUCUGAAGUUGGCUCCUUCUCCACGUUGCUCCAGCAGGAGGGUGCUUUUGCCGAAUUUCUUCAUAAUUAUGCUCCCGAUGAUGAGAACUUUCAUGAAGAGGACAGUGCCACUGUCUUGGACGAUGAAGAGAUCAUGUUGAUCGAGGACACGCUCAGUAGUCUCAUAGACCUGACAGAUAAGGAGCCAGUUACUAAUGAGGUCCGAAAACAAUUCUUGAGGCAUCUGAGCGUGGUCUCGUCAGAAGGAGAGGGCUCUGGUCGACACUCCAUUCGGAGACGCCUGGGGUCUAUGGAGAAGAAGGUCCUGGAGAAGGUCCUGGAGCCCGCCAUGGCCCAUGGAGAGCUGAUCCAGGCGGAGACAGCAAAGACUGGCACUGUGAAGCUUAGCGUGUACUGGUCCUAUGCCAAAGCUGUGGGGCUCUGCAUCUCUGCCACCGUCUGCAUUCUCUACUCAUGCCAAAGCGCGGCUGCCAUUGGGGCCAGUAUAUGGCUCAGUGACUGGACUAAUGAGCCUGUAAUUAACGGCACACAAGGCAACACAAGCAUGUACCUGGGCGUGUAUGGGGCCCUAGGACUGUUGCAGGGUCUCCUGGUGAUGAUGUCGGCUUUCACACUGGCCAUAGGCGGCAUCCAGGCUGCCCAGACCCUCCAUAGCAAGCUACUGACCAACAAGAUGCAUUCACCCCAGGCCUUCUAUGACACAACCCCGAUUGGGCGGAUUCUCAAUCGGUUCUCCAAGGACAUUUACGUUAUUGAUGAAGUCAUCCCCGCCAGCAUUCUGAUGCUACUCGGGACCUUUUUCAAUUCCACAUCCACGCUUGUGGUCAUCAUAGCUAGCACCCCACUCUUUGCUGUGGUUGUCAUACCCUUGGCUGCACUCUACUUAUUUGUACAGCGGUUCUAUGUGGCCACUUCAAGGCAGCUGAAGCGCCUGGAAUCCAUCAGCCGAUCACCCAUCUAUUCUCACUUCACGGAGUCUGUGACAGGGGCCAGUAUCAUUCGUGCCUUUGGACGAGCUCACGAUUUCACGGCUCUCAGCGAUGCAAAGGUGGACAUCAAUCAGAAGAGCUACUAUACCACCAUCAUUUCUAACCGGUGGCUGGGGAUCCGCGUCGAGUUUGUGGGUUCCUGUGUGGUGCUUUUUGCUGCCCUUUUUGCCGUGAUCAGCAGAAACAGCUUAAAUGCUGGAUUAGUCGGCCUCUCUGUGUCCUACGCACUACAGGUCACAAUGGCUCUUAACUGGAUGGUCCGGAUGGUAUCAGACCUGGAAAGCAACAUUGUGGCUGUGGAGAGAGUUAGAGAGUACUCAGAGACCAAGACUGAGGCCCCAUGGGUGAUAGAGGGCAGCCGCCCACCCCCUAGCUGGCCCCAUCAAGGAAAGGUGGAGUUUGUGAACUAUUCGGUGCGUUAUCGGGACGGCUUGGAGCUGGUGUUGAAGAAUUUGAGUCUGCAAGUGAAGGGUGGAGAAAAGGUGGGCAUCGUGGGCCGCACCGGGGCCGGCAAGUCAUCCAUGACCCUUUGUCUGUUUCGUAUCCUGGAGGCAGCUAAAGGGGAGAUCCACAUUGAUGGAGUCAACAUCGCAACCAUCGGCCUUCAUGACCUACGCUCCAAGCUGACCAUCAUCCCCCAGGACCCAGUCCUGUUCUCAGGGACCCUCAGAAUGAACCUGGAUCCUUUCGGCAAUUAUUCUGAGGAGGAAAUGUGGCAAGCCCUGGAACUCUCCAACCUGCACAAGUUUGUGAGCUCGCAACCAGAAGGCCUCAAUUUUGAAUGCUCUGAGGGUGGAGAGAACCUUAGUGUGGGCCAGCGGCAGCUGGUGUGCCUAGCCAGGGCCCUGCUCCGGAAGAGUCAGAUUCUGGUGUUGGACGAGGCCACAGCGGCCAUCGACCUGGAGACGGAUGACCUCAUCCAGACCACCAUCCGGACCCAGUUUGAGGCGUGUACAGUGUUGACCAUCGCCCACAGACUCAACACCAUCAUGGACUACACCAGGGUCCUGGUUCUGGACAAAGGGAUGAUAGCGGAAUUUGAUUCUCCAGCAAAUCUCAUCGCGGCCAGAGGCAUCUUCUAUGGGAUGGCAAAAGAUGCUGGGCUUGCCUAAACUGACUCUCCACGUUUUAUUCUGGUCAUCACUGGCCUUCCUUUGCAGGAGAAAAGAACACAGAAUGGACUUUUUAAAACACAAUUUUAAAAAAAAUACUGUGCAAAGAAUUUCAGAACUUGGGAGGAGAAAGAGAACUUGAUAGUUCAUUUAAUCCAAUCCCCUUGUUUUAAAGGGAGGCAGUUUGGUAUGGGAGAAAAUGCCAGCCUGGGAGUCAGAAGGUCUAGAUCCUAACACUAGCUGGGGAAUCUGUGGCAAGUCAUUCACCUGGAAAUGGAGCUCAGGAAGGACUUAGCCCCCUCACAGAGCUUAUUGACAAUGUCAGAAUUAGAAUAUGGGUCUCCUCAUUCCCAGUCCUGUGGUUUUUUUCCCCUAGUACCUCUCCUUCAACAUAAACACGUGCCAGGAUGAUACCCCUGAAUGCCCUCAGACCUAGCCUCAAACUUUUAUUCUCAUAAUUUUUAUACAAAAGUAUUAAAAAAGAAACCUAGAAUGACAACCGUGUAUGCCCCCAAACCCAUCCUUCCUAAAAAGCUUUUUUUCCCCUCAUAUUUUCUAUACAAAAGUAUUUAAAAAUAAAAUUUUUCUACUGGGAAGAACAUUGAACCCAAAACCAUGAGCUCAGGUAGCUAGUCCUACACUUUGGAAUGAUGAUGUGAAGCUUUUAAGAACAGAGCACUGAUGAAAUAAAAGAUAUAUGGUA